AUGGUCGACAUGGAGAGCCACUACCACCCUCCAUCCCCUUUGGAGGACUCGGUGCUAGAGAGCUCCUUGUGUGCGGACGAUGACCUCAUGGGUAGCAUGGAUGACCUCCAGGACAUUUCCCAGUCCAUUGAUGACGAUGCCCUGAGCUCCUUUGACGUCCCAGAGUACCAGUCGUCCAGCAACGGUUCAGAGGGUUCCACUGUCAUAGAUGCCCUGACGCCAGCGUCCAGCCCGUCAUCUGUGGUUUAUGGUUUGGCAUCGAGCCAGGAGGAGUUCUCAUCUUCCUCCUCAUCCCUCACUCUCGAGUGUCGGGUGUGUGCUGACCGCGCAUCAGGCUACCACUAUGGGGUUCAUGCCUGCGAGGGCUGCAAGGGUUUCUUUAGGCGGACCAUCCGCCUGAAGCUGGAGUACGACAAGUGUGAGCGUCGCUGUAAGAUCCAAAAAAAGAACCGCAACAAGUGCCAAUACUGCCGCUUCCAAAAGUGCCUGGCGGUGGGCAUGUCCCACAAUGCCAUCCGGUUCGGCAGGAUGCCUCAGUCGGAGAAGCUGAAGCUGAAGGCGGAGAUGGUGAUAGGGGAUCGGGAGGUGGAGGAUCCCCAGCUGGCUGAUCAGAAAAGUCUAGCAAAGCAGAUUUAUGACGCCUACCUCAAGAACUUCAACAUGAACAAGGCCAAGGCUCGGACCAUUCUCACGGGCAAGACCAGCACCCCUCCUUUCGUCAUUCACGACAUGGAGACGCUUCAGCUGGCAGAGCAGACGCUGGUGGCCAAGAUGGUGGGCUCCGCGGGCGCCCUGAAAGAUCGCGAGGCCGAGGUCCGUAUUUUCCACUGCUGCCAGUGCACGUCGGUGGAGACCGUCACGGAGCUCACGGAGUUUGCCAAAUCCGUACCGGGCUUCUCCGCCCUGGACCUUAACGACCAGGUGACUCUUUUGAAGUACGGCGUGUACGAAGCCCUCUUUGCCCUGCUGGCCUCCAGCAUGAACAAGGACGGGCUGCUCGUGGCGUACGGCUCGGGCUUCAUCACCCGGGAGUUCCUGAAAAGCCUGCGCCGACCGUUCAGCGACAUGAUGGAGCCGAAAUUCCAGUUUGCCAUGAAGUUUAACGCGCUGGAGCUGGACGACAGUGACCUGGCUCUGUUCGUCGCCACCAUCAUCUGCUGUGGAGACCGGCCUGGCCUGGUGAAUGUGGCACACAUAGAUGCAAUGCAGGAGAACAUCGUGAAGGUCCUACGGCUCCACCUGCUGGGCAACCACCCCGACGACGCCUUCCUGUUCCCCAAGCUGCUGCAGAAACUGGCUGACCUCCGGCAGCUGGUCACGGAGCACGCUCAGCUGGUGCAAGAGAUCAAAAAGACAGAGGACACGUCACUGCACCCACUGCUACAGGAGAUCUACCGAGACAUGUACUGAGGAUUGUGGGAAUCUAAAAUAAAAUAAAAAAGACAAGAACGCAUCUCCUUGUUAGAGAGGUUGCACCACUCGACCAGCACAGAGAGAAUUCUGGUCAGCUGGACUCGUUUCAACAAACGUGCGGUCCAGCGUGUAGACAUGCCGGAACGCCACGUCUGACCAAACCCCGACGAGCUAACUGGAGCUGACCCGAGUCAUCCUGUCUGUCUCUGAGCCAUACGACAAGGAGGAAUGAAAAACUUGACAACUGCCACUCCAGCAGUCUUUUUUUGGAUGUUUCUGUUGAUGCGGAGGAGCAGAGAGCCAUAUCCCGAUGUAGUCCGGAGCGCUCACAACGACUUCCAAAGCAGCAACAGGGAGGGAUGCUGCUUUUUCGAAACCAGUCCACAAGCCUUUUCACCUCGAUGCACCACACUGCCGUGGUCAUCCUCAGCACUGGGCCUUGUGAAAUCCCUGGAAAAACACAUACAAAAAAAAUUUGUUCUUUCUUUCUAACGAUUUGAUUUCCUUCCUAACUAAAGUGCAUCCAAACUGGUCCAGAAACUUCAAAGCAAUAAUAGUUUUCAAAGGCAGAAUGAACGUAGAGAUAUUUUUCACUGAAAUUAAGACUUCGACACCCUUCUUUGACAAAACUGGAUGUCAAUAAAAUACCUCUUUAAUAAUCAAAGUAGACACAGGUUUAAGACUUUCCCUUCUGUGUUCAUUUUCAAUUUAAGGGCUAACCAAAUGCAAAAAAAUAAUAAUUUAAAGCAAUAAUUUCUGCUUCUUCAACUGAUGAAAAUUCACAAGCUGCAUAAAAAUGUUUUUAAUAAUAUAGAGAAAGGUUAUUACAAGGUUAUUAUAAAUGAUAAAAUUCUUUGCUCAAAAGAAAAAAACCUCAAUUGAAUAACAAUGAGUCAAUAAUUUUUUAAGGACUUUCCAUGAGCUUGAUAAAUUAAAUUAGGCCUUCUCAGUGUUACUACAGAAGUUCUGAAAUGUCAAUAGAGACGACACAGUGGGAAAGCAUAGCUACUGAUAAAAAAAUCUAAAUAUUAAAAAUCCCUCGUGCCCCGCAUGUCCUAUCAGCCCUCACUGUAAAACAGAAAGUGCAAUGUCAAGCCAGAUUACCUCAAGCAUCCACGAUACCACUGUUUUUGCGUCGUUUGUCGAUGAUGAACCCGAUGACGACUUCUAUCUGACAAAAUCCCUUCAGGUUUCUAGAUUCCUCUUCCUCGUUUCAGUCUUCCCAGUGUGUUUGUGCACUGGCCACUUAAAAACCUGUACAAUCGUAUGCAAUCGAGCUCAGCGUUUCUUCCACUUUUUCUAGAGUUCAAACUGUCAGAAGGUUGAUUUUGAUUUUUGUUUUUUAAAAGCUAAAGUUUAUCUAAAUAAAAUGGCCAUUUUCCUUCAUUGGAGCCAAAAUAUUGCAGCUACAAGUCAAAAUAAUCCGACAAAUCUCCACAACCUAUCGAUGAAUUAUUUUCAUGGUUUUGGAAGAAUCUGACAAAGUUUUCUGCAGGGGGGAAACACACCUUAAGUUUGGGGAACAAACUGUCUGAUGCACUGUAAAUGAAAAUUAUAAUAAGAAGCAAAGAAGUUAAAUUUUCUUUUUUUGUUGUCUUGCCCUAAAUAUGGGAUAGAAUCAUUUGAAUUCCUUCCAGAUAAAACAAAUACACAUUUUUGUUUGUUUUAUGUAUCUGGCAACCUGUUUUUCACAUAUCUGAAGCCAUCAAGUUGAUUUCCAAGAUGAGGAAAAAGAAGUGAAAUGUUUAAACAGAUAAAGUUUCCUUUAUUUUUAUUAAAUGCUGCCGACUUGUUUUAUAAAUGAUAGUAUAAAAUGUAUGACUUAAUCUGUUAGACGCUUCUCAAAUCAACCGUGUAGGAGUGUGAUGUAAAUAGAUUUGAUGAGUAUCUAGGCAACUGGUACUUGGGAUUUUCACAGUCAUGAACCCCCACUAACCAUCUGAAUUAAGUAGUAAAGUUGUGCCUAGCACUUUGGUUGAAUAAUUUAAAAACUUGCUAUAGCUGACCACUGAUCUCCUCUUCCGAUACUCUUUUUCUCAGGUUAUCAAAUCAGUGAUCGAUUUAUUGGGAUUUGUUGCCUAACAUCCCAAAGUGUUCCGUUUCCUCUCUAACAAUCUAUUUUUCUUACACAUCACUCCAGAUUAUCAGAUAAUCUGUAUUGCACUCAAUUUGCCACGACGUCACAUAUAGAUGAUGCUGUAAACGUCUGACUUUACUCUCCUCACUUGCUGCUAUGAUCCACUAACUCACCGGAUUGUUGUUUGUUUUUUUGUUCUGCCAUAAAUAGAUUACAGACUGUCAAGCUGCCUCCACACAUGGAUCAAUUCUUGUCACACCAGUGCAGACGCUACACGCUUUUCUCCUCACAUAUCCCAGAUAUCUGCCCGGCAGGGAACCACAAAGAUUUGUGCCUUAGUUUGUGUAAAUGCCAGAAAAGAAAAAGAAAAAAAACAAAGUUUACACAGACUUGUUAAGAGAAAAUGGUGAAGUGUUGGUGUCUUUUGAUUGAUCUAUAGCUUUGUUGUGGUACAGCAGUUUCCCGUGGACAGGAGGAGAUUGUGGAUUUCUGAAAACGUCCUAUCAAUGAAGUGAAUUCAUCAUUUUCUCAAAAUGAGUUGUACUGGUUGAAAUAUUAGAACAAGGCAAAAGUGAAAGCAUGGCAGUUUGUCAUGAGUAACGUCUGUGUUUCUGUAGGUAUGACAAGGGAAUUUGAACUUGUAUCAGGGAAUGUUAUAGUCUUCCUUUGUUAAGCUAGCUCAGGACAUAGAGAGGUACUGGUUUUCCUUCUCUGUCCAACUCGGAAAUGUGUUAUAGUGUAGUCCAACUGCAUAUAAUUUUUUUUUUCUUCCAAAAUAAAUAGAUGGUAUUACCUGGGGAUGGGGCACCAGGAAUAGGAAUUAAAUCUGGAUUUUUUUUCUCUCCCUAAAAGUAAUAGUUUGUUUUACUGGCCCUUGUGUCAUAAUAAAAAAGGAACAUUGUCUUCAGAUGUGAUGUCACUGUGUACCGUGGCUUGAUAACAAUACUGUAAAUGUUUGAUGAAUGUAUAUUUAGUCAAUUAACAGAAAGAUAAAUUGACAUUGAAUGGAUUUACAAAUAAAAUGAUUUUAAAACCAAA